AUGGACAUUCUUAUUACAGUUGCUGGAAAAAUUGCCGAGUAUGCAGUUGUACCAAUUAUACGCCAGGGAGGGUAUAUAAUUCAUUGCAAAAGCAACCUUCAUAUGCUACAGACUCGACUGGACGAACUGAAGGCUACCAGAGGGCGCAUGCAGAAUGACAUUGUUGCAGUUGAAAGAAGAGGCGAAACAAUCCAGCCUGAUGUUGUGCUGUGGAUGACAGAAAGAGAUAAGAUCAUUGGAAAAGUAGAGGAAUUAUUGGAAGAUGACCAAGCAAAGAUGGAGUGUCUUCAUGGUUUUUGUCCUAAUCUGAGGACUCGUCAUCAGCUAAGCAGGAAAUCAACAAAGUUGUUGGAGGUGGUUGUUGAAAUGAAUGGAAGAGUUUUUCCCAGUAUUGCAUGUGGUGGUCGUGCUGAAGAGGUAUUUCUUGUAUCUGCCAAAGAUUAUGGGGAAUUUGAUUCAAGGAUUUCAACUGUAAAUGGAAUCAUUGAUGAAUUGAAAAAUCUUGAUACAAACAAGAUUGGGGUGUAUGGUAUUGGAGGGGUUGGAAAGACCACACUAGCGGAAGAAGUUGUUAGGCAAGUUAUAAAAGAUGGGUUAUUUGAGGAUGUGGUCAUGGUUCGAGAUGUGAAAGAGAAUCCAGAUAUUGGCCGACUUCAAAUAGAAAUUGCUGAAAAGUUAGGUAUGAGUGCUCUGGAAAGUCAAUCUGUAGCUGAAAAGGCACGUCAAAUAUGUGGAAGGAUAAAAAACAAGAAGACACUGGUUGUUUUAGAUGAUAUUUGGAGUUUCUUUGAUUUAAAAGUCGUGGGACUUCCAGAUGUGGCAACUUGUAAAAUAUUAAUGACAUCCCGAAGUCGAGAAGUAUCCAAUAAGAUGGGUGUACAGAAAGAAUUUCAGCUUGCCAUCUUAGGCGAAAAAGAAAGUUGGAGUAUUUGA